AUGUCAGGUUACGUGUACGUGCUCGUUCUCAAGGCCAUCAAAAGGGUUUGCUGCUGGCUUCCGGCCCUGUUUGCCAUAACCACGAUUACGGAAACGUACUAUGCCUACCUGGUUGUCUUCUGCGGCCGAUACGUCAAGGAAGACAACCUGCGCUUCGCCUUGGCCACUGUCUUCCACAUGCUAUUUCUGAUGUGCCUAUGGAGUUACGCGCAGACAACGUUCACGCCACCUUCAUCCGUGCCUUACCGGUUUCGUUUCACCAACGUAGAACGUCAGGAAAUGACUCGCUGCGUCCGAGACAAGGUCCGCACGAGCGCACUCCUCGAAACAAUGGCCAGGGAGCGAAACGUACUCACUCGCUGCGUGGACGGCAGUGUGAGCUGCUGUGACAACUGCAAGCUUAUCAAGCCCGACCGAUGUCACCACUGUUCCGCCUGCAGAAGGUGUGUUCUGAAGAUGGACCACCACUGUCCAUGGUUCAAUAACUGCGUUUGCUUCAGCACGUACAAGUUCUUCCUGCUCACCCUGUUCUACUGCGUGCUUCUGGCAGCCUACGUUAUGGCCAGCGUGUCCAUAUACCUGCUGGACAAGUACCCUCGCCGCAGCUUGCUACAUCGUCCGCGCCACAUCAAGUUUCUCCUGGUGAUGGGCGCCACACUGUUCGUCGUGCUGGCAAUUUUCAUCGGCAUUCAUGUGUCUCUCGUAGCUCGCAAUGCUACCUCUUUAGAGGCCAUGCGAGCGCCCACCUUCAAGCGGGCCGGUGACUCGUUCGACAUCGGGCGCCGAGAAAACUUCAUGCAGGAGUGCGAUUGCGGGAGUGCGUUCGCUGAGCCGAACGCUCGCUUUCGGUGGGAGUUUCACGUGUGGCUUAUUGGUUGCGGCUGGGACGUGCGUGACAACCUGCGGCUCGAGAAUAACCACUGUGAUGAGCGCAUUGCACAACGCAUUUACUAG